AGUCCGUUGGGUGCGUUACGCCCUAAUCGGAAGUGGUUGCAAACGCGUUUUGUACACCUGUGAUCGUGACCCGCUGAUGAAUGUAAAAACUGGCCUGUAAUGGAUCUCCUCGUCACGUUGUAACGUUUAAAAUGACUUUUAUGUAGAGAUAAAGAGUCAAAGACAACAGACGGUAUGAUGUUCGGCGUGUACUGGUCGGUUUUGUUCGUAAUUUCGUCGGUUGGAGCAGCUAAAACUGACGGAGACGAUGACUGGGUUCAUCUUCCCAACAGAUGUGAAGUCUGCAAGUUCGUCAGCAUCGAGAUGAAGUCGGCUUUCGACGAGACGGGCAAGACCAAAGCAGUCAUCGAAAGCAACUAUAACUUCAUAGAUGGGAAGGGGGCGCCGCCGGUUAAAUACGUCAAGUCAGAUCUCCGAUUCAUCGAGGUUGUAGAGAAUGUGUGUCAGAGGCUGCUGGAGUACAACCUGCACAAAGAGAGGACCGGCAGCAACCGCUUCGCCAAGGGCAUGUCUGAGACCUUCUCCACCCUUCAUGGCCUGGUGAACAAGGGAGUGAAGGUGGUGAUGGACAUUCCCUACGAGCUGUGGAACGAGACGUCCGCGGAGGUUGCCGACCUCAAGAAGCAGUGUGAUGUGAUGGUGGAGCAGUACGAGGAGGUGAUUGAAGACUGGUACAAAGGAAACCAGGAGGAAGACCUGACCACUUACCUGUGUGAGAAACAUGUUCUGAAAGGAGGGGACAAAGCCUGCCUGAGUGAGGACUGGACUCCAAGGAAAAAAGGAGACCAGGCGGCUAUUGCAGAGGACAAGAAGAAGAAAAAGAAGAAAGGAGGCAAGAAGGGGGGAGGAGGAGGAGAGACGGGAGAUGGAAACUCAGAGGGAGAGAAGACGACCAAGAAGAAAAAGAAGAAGGACAAGAAGGUGAAGAAGAAGAAAAAGAGCAAAGCUCCGGUGGAGAAGACAGAUGCAGGGCUGACGUCAGAUGAGGAGAUCCAGCCACAGGUGCCUCUUUCUGGGCAGAAGACGGAGCUGUGAGCCCCUGGAUUUCACUCUGGACUUGGGUCAGCUCACCUACCUGAAACCUGCCUGCUUAAAACAAUAAAAACAUGAAACCUGGUUGUUACAGAGUUUAGUCCUUUAAGCAAGGAUGCUAUUGUUGUUUAGGACCUUUACCUCUUUCUGAUGGGUGCAGCCUUCAUGGCAAACCCAGCUUUUAUUUAAAAGUAAUUUUAUACCUUUUUGUUAUUUCUUGGAUGUCAUCUGAUGGCUUGGCUGCUGUUUGGUUGAGUUACCAGAUUUGGUUCCACCCAGAUGUAUACAUCCCCUAAUCAGAUUGAAUGGCAUUUAAAUAUGAUUAGAUCUUUCAGUGAAACGACUAUACAACUUGCAUCUUCAAUGAUUUUAUAAAAGCAAUAAUUGGUAUAUAUGGUCACUCUUUAAGGUCAUAGUCCUAUUAAAAACUAUUGUGUCCAACCAGAAACUGACAGAGGAAGGUAAAUUGUUUAGGAUGUUCAAAAAGAACCCAUGCGGGGUGGCUGUUUGGCUUCUUGAUGCUUAAAUGAGGAUGAAACAGAUUGAGGUACCUAGCCAGGCUUUCAAACUCAAGAACAAUGAACCAGUAGUUAAGCAUGGUGGUGGCAGCGUCAUGCUGAGGGUCUGAUUUGCCUCCAAUGGUUCCAGUGCCUAGCAGGAAGUAGAUGAAAUUCACCUCACUUCAGCAGCUAGAUGAACACAGUUUGGUCGUCCAGCAGGUGUCUGGUUUUGAAACAUUAUUGAUGCUGUAUGUUGUAUCAUCAUUUAGCACUGAACAAAUGUCCAAAUAACUCAUUAAAAGCCUCAAAUUUAUGUGACGUGAUUUGUGUAUCAUUCACACUCAUCACUGGAUCUGUAAGUCAUGAGGGAAAAAGAUGAGAUUAAAUCAUUUGUGGAUAAAAAUCUAAUCUCAUUGUACUUUCUUAUAAAUGACAGAUGCAUAUCUGACGAUUUCUUUCAUUGUAAACGGAAUAUAUUGGUAUAUAAAAACUCCUCUCUUAAGACCUCUAGAAUUUUCUCUAAAUCCCGAAGACUAGAAAGUAAACUUUCACUUGAACAUUAUGAACCAUGCAAUCAUUUUAAAAGUAUUGUCAUAUUUUGCUACACAAUUUUUCCUGACAAAGUGACAUGUUGUGAAUUCCCUGUUCUCUGCACAUCAGUAAAUUCCCGAGAGCUGAAACAUUAGGUGUUAAUUAGUGUUUCUUUUAAUGUUUAAUGCAGAUCUGUUUUUUUCACGCUGUACAAAAGCUGCUAUUUAAGGUGUGUGUGUGGUUGACCUCAGCUGAAGUGUGUACAACUUUUGAAUUUUUUUUCCCCGAGUGUGUGUAUUUUUAAGAUUUUUACUCUGAAGUAAGGUGCUGGUGUUGAUGUAUUGGAGCUGGAGCUUCUUGAAGCGGUGCAAACACAUCUUUGGAUGAAUUGAACUUUGUAUGUUGCCCCAUUUAAUGUGGUUAAAGACAUUUGUUGAUAUUUAAGAUAACUUGGUUGUACUUUGUUUCAAAACUGCAGAAUUAAGUGUUUUAGGCUUUAGGUAUGUUCAAGUGUCCACUUUUGACCACAAGGGGGAGUCCGAGUUCGCGUUAACACGCUGGGCAAGUUGAUUGUUUCUUCAAAAUGCCAAUGGAAUGAGUUAUCAAAACAUCACAAUAUUAAUAAAACAAUCUGUUUUUGCCA